AUGCAAUCACCCGCCCCACACCCCAUCCCUCGCCUCGCUUUGUACCCCCAGUCUGACAGGCGGGUCUGUGACCAGCGUCCCGUACCUGUGGAGGAGAGAGAAGAACUGAGAGAAGUGAAGGAGGAGAGAGAAGAACUGAGAGAAGUGAAGGAGGAGAGAGAAGAACUGAGUGAAGUGGAGGAGGAACAUCAUGUCCAACCUGGAGGAAAACACUUGAGUCGCUCAAAGACUAAACAGACAUUUUUAAAGAAAAGAAUAGCCGAGAAAUCUUUCACCUGCACUCAGUGUGGGAAGAGUUUCAGUCGAUCAUCACACCUUAAUGCUCACAUGAUGAUCCACACCGGAGAGAAGUCGUUCACAUGUGAUCAGUGCGACAAAACGUUUCUUAGGGCAUCAGAGCUGAAGAGACACCUGAGAGUUCAUACGAAGGAGAAGCCGUAUUCAUGUUCUGUGUGUGGAAAGAGUUUUUCACAGAAAAAACGUUUAAAGGUGCACCAGAGAAUUCACACUGGAGAAAAACCUUACAAGUGUUCACACUGCGACAAGAGAUUCAAUCAGACAGGACAUCUGAAAACACAUGAGAGGAUCCACACUGGAGAGAAGCCGCACACGUGUGAUCAGUGUGGAAAGAGUUUCGCUUUUAAAAGUGAACUGAAGAGACACAUGAUGAUCCACACUGGAGAAAAACCUUACAAGUGUUCACACUGUGACAAGAGAUUCAGUCAAUCAUCACAUCUGAAAACACAUGAGAGGAUCCACACUGGAGAGAAGCCGCACACGUGUGAUCAGUGUGGAAAGAGUUUCGCUUUUAAAAGUGAACUGAAGAGACACAUGAUGAUCCACACCGGAGAGAAACCGCACACGUGUGAUCAGUGUGGAAAGAGUUUCGCUUUUAAAAGUGAACUGAAGAGACACAUGAUGAUCCACACCGGAGAGAAGCCGUUCGCAUGUGAUCAGUGCGGAAAGAGUUUCUCUACUAAAUCUGAACUGAGGAUGCACAUGAUGAUCCACACUGGAGAAAAACCUUACAAGUGUUCACACUGUGAUGAGAGAUUCAGUGUUUCAGCAAAUCUGAAAAGACAUGAGAUGAUCCACACUGGAGAGAAUUCGCACACGUGUGAUCAGUGCGGGAAGAGUUUCGCUUUUAAAAGUGAACUGAAGAGACACAUGAUGAUCCACACCGGAGAGAAGCCGUACUCGUGUGAUCAGUGUGGGAAGAGUUUCGCACAAUCUUCUUCCCUUAAUGCUCACAUGAUGAUCCACACUGGAGAGAAGAAGUUCACAUGUCAUCAUUGUUGCAAAACAUUCAGUGUUUCAUCACAUCUGAAAACUCAUGAGAGGAUCCACUUUGGAGAAAAACCUUACAAGUGUUCACACUGCGACAAGAGAUUCAAUCAGUCGGGAAAUCUGAAAACACAUGAGAGGAUUCACACUGGAGAGAAGCCGUACACGUGUGAUCAGUGUGGGAAGAGUUUCUCUAUAUAAACUAACCUGAAGCGACACAUGAAGGUCCAUGCGGUGGAUAAACCACUGAAACAGUCUGAAAUCACGCUAAGAUGAUUUUCAUGUGAUGAGCAACAAAGUCUCUUCUGUGUAAGUUAGUCAUCACCCGAUAGCCACAUCUCUCCUCUCCACCUGUAGUUGGUGUGUGGUGACAAUUUUUCAUACCCCUAGAUUUUUUUUUAUGAAUAAAAUGUCUAUGAAGUAUAUUCCCAUUAAGAUUUACCUUUUUUAGCACACCA